AAAAGAAAGAAAGAAAGAAAGAAUCCAACGCAGCAGCAGCAACGAACCAAAGGAGGAGAAGGAAGGGAGGAAGAAGAAGGAGAAAGAAAGAAAAAAAAAAGAAAGAAAAAGAUUUAGCCGUCCGAUUCCAAUUCCGACUUGGGUAGCUCCUGAGAAUAAGCAUAAAGCUCAUCUGAUUUGAGUAAAUAAUGGGACAGGUGUACGUUGGAGGAGAUUUGGGUGAAGUUAUAAAAUCCAGAAAGUAUCGGUAGGAGGAAAAAUUGGGGGCAGUAUGUCGAAUUCUCGAGGUGGUGGUGUACGUAGGGCUAUUCAAGGCCCAGAGUUUGAUCCUUCGUCUGAUGAGUCACAGUAUCCUGUGCCAGCGCAUGUACCAACAGAGGCACCUAGUCAGGAUUUCUUUCGGCAGUUUAUGGCCGCGAUGAUGCCUCAACAGAGGAGUUUCAUUGAUGCUGUGAUGCGGCAUAACCCACCAACAUAUUCUGGUUCAGUGGAGCCAGGAGUCCUUGAGUUUUGGGUUGAAAAGAUGGAAAAGAUAUUUCGUGUUGUUCAGGUUCCGCCAGAUCAACGAGUUAAUAUUGGAGCCUAUUUCUUGGAAGGCCGAGCAAAUCGGUGGUGGUUAGGUGAAGAAGCUGCAGGUGUAGACCAAGUGGAUAUGACUUGGGAUGAAUUUAAAGCAAAGUUAAAGGCUAGGUUUAUACCGUCGCAUAUUCGAAAAGCGAAGAAGCAAGAAUUGCUGGACUUAAAGCAGGGCUCGAUGUCAGUUGAGGAUUAUUUUGUGAAGUUUAAUGAGUUGGAGAUGUAUGUUCCUGACUACUUUUCCUGUGAGCGAGACAGAAUUGACCAUUUUGUAGACGGGUUGCAACACAGAAUUCAAGAAGCUUUAGCGGUGUUGGAUAUCAGUUCAUUGUAUGAGGCUUACGAGCGUGCUGCCCGAUUUUAUCAGAAGCAGGAAGUCAGACAAAAGGAGAGUGAGAAGGAAAUAGGUUAUCAACAUCAGGUUCGAGAUAAGGGAAAAGCUAAAGUGGAGGAUGAGCCCAAGGGUAAAAAGAAAUGGUGGCAAAUGUUCAGGUCUGGGCCAUCGUAUAAGGGGAUUUCGAUUAAUGAACCGAGUCAGGAGAGGUCUCAGCAAUCGGGGGCUGUUUGUCGGCGUUGUGGAACAAGCCACCCAGGUACUCGUUGUGAUAAAGUUCCAUUGACAUGUUUUAAAUGUGGUGGUAGUGGUCACAUUGCCAGGUUAUGUCCAAGUGUGGUAACUGCAAGGGAGUUUCCAGAACUGAGGUUUAGGCCAUGGCAGCCGCCGUCUUCGCAGUCACAAGGGAGAGGAUUAGGAUCAUCUUGGCGAGGGGGACGAAGUCAGUCACGUUCGUCAUCUAGGCAGCCAGGCAGAGGACCUGGCCAGCGUGGACGAAUAAAUGUUCUUACCCAAGCAGAAGCUGAUUAUCAUCCAGGUACGCAUGGCACCUCCGGGACAGGGGACGUCUCGGGAGAUAGAAAGACGGGCUGAAUGAGUGAACUGCAUCUGAUGUAUUAUAUGUAAAUUCUAACUAGAAAAACCUCCCGUUUUGGGAGUAUGUUUUUGUAAAUAUUUAUAAACUUGUUUUUUUGGGAAUAAUAAAAUGCUUAUAUAAUUAAUUUUAGCCUUAACACUGUGUUGUGGGGCCCGAAGUAGGAGGUGACGACCUCAUGAUGCAGUGUGGCGGUAGCAUUUCCAGUAUGAGCCAACUGGGGGUGUUACAUUCGGUGUCUAAUGAAUUGGUCAAGGCUCCUAUUUAUAGGGGAGGGUGGCCUUGGCUUCCUUUUCAGAUGGUGCCA